AUGUCACUUCAAGAAAUCCUAAAGAUUACAAACUUUCACACACAACGAGAGCUUACAGACUUUCUUAUUAAUAACCAGAGGACGCGAUACGCUUCUUUCGCGUCUUUUGUAUUGUUGGUUUACGACUAUGUCAUUACCGUCAUCCCGGAGGUUGAACUCGUUUGGUACAAACCAUGGACAUGGUCAAAAGUGCUCUUUCUAUGGAAUCGAUAUGGGACAUUUGUCAUUCUGUUGUUCGAUACAAUCGUCGUUCUGGGUGGAGGUCCAACCGAUGCAGUAAGUCUCAUUACGUUGGGGCGAGCCAAUUCUCAUAUUGUCCAUUUUCCGUUAGUUUUGUUUGCACUGGCAAAAGUUCCAGGGUUGGACUGUUAUCAUUCUGGUUCGCAUAGCCGCAAUGUAUUCUCAAGACAAACGUAUCAUAUACCCCGUAAUUGGCCUGUUCUUUGCUCAAGCGCUGGAAUGGCAGGAAUCAUCGGAAACAGUUUCGCAAAUAUGAAAGCUCAGCAUGAACGCAUCCCUGGAUUCCACAUAUGUUCGUUGGUCGGAAUUCCUGAGGGGAUGUACAUAUAUUGGGCAACAAACUUAGCCUUUGAGAGCAUACUAUUUGGGCUUGCAUUAUUCAAAGCAUAUCAACAUGUGUCCAGGAAACAAGGAAUCCGGCCGGGUUGGUCUGGGCCGCGUAUUCUGAGCGUUUUGGUGCGGGAUAGUAUAAUGUACUUCGCCGUUAUCUUCGUUACCUAUAUCAUCAAUCUCGUUUCUUGGUCUACCGGAGGUAGUGGAAUAUAUCAGCUAGCCAUCGCAUUGGCCAUUGCACUGCGUGCUUCAAUGGGGAGUCGGCUGUUGCUCAACGUUCGUGAGGCGUACUAUGGCUGUAGCGUUAUCUCUGAUAACAUGCUGUCGACCAUUCAAUGGCAACCACGGAACGCAGACUGUGUCGCAAUGGAUUCACUCCCCGUGCCUGCUCGCGACCACCAAAUCUCUACGGGCUUUUCAAGUCUUCCCGAACUCCGUGGGGACUGGUCGCCCGAGGAGUCGCUGCCUGGUCCCUCUUCGGGGGUAUCAUCUCAGACAAAAUCUCGAGCACGAGUUACAUUCGAACCACCCUACACACCAUAA